AUGUUAUCCGAAGGGUUUUUCUCGUCCAUCUGCGGGCCUCCUAUUGCCGCCAACACGGCAAUCUCAAAGGACAUUGGCAUCUAUUCACAAGUCCUGGCGCCCACGUACACUGUCAAAGCCACCUUUAAGAAGAGUUCGUGCCCGAGGCAUGGUCUGGCCGUCAGCAGCUCUCACAUAUUUGCUAUCCAAGACCAAAAGGCCCAGCUCCACGUCUAUUCUCGUGCCCGUGGUAGCCAAGAAGUUUUGGUAUCUUUUGCCGAGAGGAUCCGCAGCAUAGCCCUCACCGGCAACACUCUCAUUCUCGGGACGACAGAGGGCAGACUCAUACUGUGGGAGACUUGCACUGGCCGUCAGGUCACUACACCUCCCUGUCAUGUCCAGCCAAUAUCAUGCAUAGCGGUAACGCCGCACCAUGUCCUCUCAGCCUCGGAGGACUCCAAUAUCAAUGUCUGGUCCCUGACAAGAUUGUUGGAGCUUGAUGCCCAGAUUGAGUCCGAACCAGAUCUCGUCCUCUCCAAUCAUCGGGGUGCCAUUGUGGAUCUCGUCGCCGCCUCCAGCGCAAAUCCCGAGUCUAGUAUAUGCGUGUCUGCUAGCAAGGAUAAGACAUGCAUUAUAUGGAACUACCAGACCGGCCAGGUAUUGCGCACCCUCCUGUUUCCCACGCCCCCCCUCUGCAUCUCCAUGGACCCUUGUGCCCGCGCCCUCUACGUCGGGUCCAGUGGCGGGACUGUCUACCUUGUAGAUCUGUUCGGCGAUAAGCCACUUCUUGGGUAUCGUGCCCAGGAGCCGCCAUCCAUUGUCGUUCAGGUGAACGAACCUCUCGCUGUUGCUGAGGAUGACGCGGGAGAGAUGAACUGUAUUGCCGGGAACUAUGACGGCACCUCCAUUCUUACUGGGCAUGCCAAUGGCAGGAUUUUGCGUUGGAACCUCGCACCCAGCGGUACACCAAUGCAGCUGGCCAACGUCAAUGCUGCUGUCACCAAUAUCAUCUUCUCCCCUAUUAUCCCCCCCGAAGAAGAGACUCUUCCCGUAACGGUAGUGAAGCCCAGCCAGACACACCGUCUGCACACUUUCACUUCCAAGCUGAAUGAGCAGGCUUCCACGACCGACUCAAGGUUCACCAAGAUGUUUGGUGCUCAGGGAUUUAGCUCGGACACUCUCCAGAAAGCACACAUGGCCUUUUCGUCGCUCGAUGAAGUCGAUCAGCUGGAGACCGAGGCUGAGGAAAUCUCCAUUCCGCGGAUAUCGCCCAAACUGCUAGCAUCCAUGAAGGCAUCUACAUUUAGCCCUGCCCUAGGUACCUGA